UCAGAGAGAAAGUGAAUUAAACUGCCACAAUGACGGGAAGAGAAGAGGCUAUAGACGAGAAACCUAAGGUUAAACUGUACCCCUCAUUCGGAAUCGACAAAGCACGUCUUAAUGGAUCUGGAUUUAGGUCCAAAGGGUUUGCAAUCACAGACCUACUCGGUUUGGAGACGGAACUUCAGCCGCAUCAGUCCGGUCCUGGCGUAGGGGCCAAUGGAGAGGGACAGAGCGCGGCGGUCGGAGGAUUUGCUUUCCCGGGAGGAUCUUUGCCGCUCGGCUUGGGUUUUCUCUGCAGUUUGGCGGCUCAACAACCUCCCGGGGCCCCGUGUUUUCUACCGAGCCACAUCCCGCUCUUGCAGUCACGGACAGAGAGCCACUUCAUGCAGAAUUUGGAACAGCAACGGGAUGCCUAUUCCGAUGAUGAUUGUCUUUCCGGGGAUCGCAAUGAUGGGAAAAACUCAGGGAACUCACAAAAGAGGAAGAAACGAAGGCACAGGACUGUUUUCACCUCGCAUCAGCUCGAAGAGCUGGAGAAAGCCUUCCAUGAAGCGCACUAUCCAGAUGUUUACGCAAGAGAAAUGCUGGCUAUGAAGACAGAGCUGCCAGAGGACAGAAUACAGGUAUGGUUUCAAAACCGACGUGCCAAGUGGAGGAAAAGGGAGAAGUGCUGGGGCCGCAGCAGCGUCAUGGCUGAAUAUGGGCUGUAUGGUGCCAUGGUUCGUCACUCCAUUCCACUUCCAGAAUCCAUCAUCAACUCGGCCAAGAACGGCAUGAUGGGCUCCUGCGCUCCCUGGCUUCUAGGUGAGCCAGCAGGAAUGCAUAAAAAGUCUCUGGAAAUUUCAAAAAAGGCUCCCGGCACACCUGAAUCAACACACUCGGAUUCGUAUUCGGAGGAACACAAAGGGAAAGACAGCGACACAACAUGGUCGAGUGGAGCCAAUGGAGCAGACGACUCAGAAGACAUGGCAAUAGAUUUGUCCAGCACUUCAAAACAAGAGAGCAAAAGCACUUUGAAAAGAUCUCCAGUUCGCACAGAAGACAGCAGUGAUUCUGAGACUGAGAGUUAAAUGUGCAAGUGAAUAUGGACAAUUUUAAACACCAUGCACGGUAUAAAGAAACAAAAAGACUUUGGUUUAUACACUAUCUCACCUUUUGGCAAUGGUUUUGUUUGUCAGCUUCCCUAUGGAUUUUUUUGUUGUUGUCUGUCAAAUAUUUGAAUACUAGAGACUGUUUUAUUCUAAAUUAUGUCAUGUGUAAAAAUGAUUCAUGUAAAAAGUGUUAAAUAAUAUGUUUUAUGUUAUGUUCAUGAGAGACAUUUUCUUUUUCUCUUUCAAAAAAAUCUCACUGCAGGGUGACCACUUGUUCACCACUAUUGUGAAUGUCAUAAUAGUUUCCUAUUGUAAUAUGGUAUGUGUCUGGAGAACAGAAAGUCUAAAGAAAAUAUCUAAAGCACUUUACCUGCUGUGAUGAUGAAUGUUUUGCAUCGAUCAAUGUCAUCAACAGAGCAAUA